AUGAUGAAAUUAGGCACCAGAAUUGUCAGGGCGCUGAUUGGAAAUGGGGAGACCAGGUCAGAUGGUCCUCCACCAGGAGAAGGUCGUGUGAUCGGUGAGUUGGGUGAUGAUGGUUGGGUUCGAGUACAAUGGGAUACUGGAAGUACAAAUAGUUACAGGAUGGGACGAGAAGAUAAAUAUGAUUUAAAACUUGCAGAUAAUAAUGCUAAUUUAGGAAAUGGUGCUGGUUUUAAUAACGAUAUGUUGUCACCUGAGGAAGAGGAUGAUGUAAUGCUUAAAGAUUCCCAAUUUCAACUGCAGCAGCCUGGUGUCCUUCUUCGAGCUUGUUGCAGCAACUUACUGCGUCUAUUCACAGUCUGCUGUGGUCUGCGUUCUGCUGGUGCAACUAGCGAAGGAGUUGUGCAGGCUGCAAGAAGUGUCACUUCUAUGCAUCGACAAGCCUUAAAAGUUUCCAAUUGUCUUACGAGUUCCAACACAAUAGGAAGUAAUGCUUUGACAACGUCUGUUGCCAACAACUGCAUCACCUCGAUCUUCUGCUGCAGCGAUAUGUGGAACCAAAAUCAGCAAAAGCAUCGAAACAAUAGUGCAAAUGCAGUUUUGCUUUAUUCUGGUUCUUUGCGGGCAAUGUGCAGUGAUGAUGAGUUGUGCAGAUUGAUGACACACGAUUCAUGGUUGAAUAUUUGUGAGAGGGUUUUAUCGGCUGAUGAUGAUGGUAUUGUUACCACAGAAGCACUUUUGAUUAAAAAGAUUCAGUGUCUGCGUUUGUGGAGGGACUGUCUUGGCAGCUGGUCACCGGCCCACGAUUUGUCAAGGAUGUCGAAGUUUCUUUUAAGGCUGUUUGAAAUAUUAGGAAGCUGCUUCUUGCUAUGCAAAGGAGAUUCCACGCUUCGAGCUUUGGUUUCAACAGGUGCCAGAAAUUUACCAACGCCACCAGAAACCAAACCUGCACCAACAUCCACAACGUCUGCUCCGUCUGCUGCAGCAGCAUCUGCCUCUGGUCCGCAGCCAAGUUGUUCGAGUGCACAGCAGUCUGCAGGUUCAAUUGGAGGCGGAAAAGCUCGUGUUCCUGUGACUCCGAGUGCUACAAGUAGCGCCUGCGCCGAAGCAGUAUCCUUAUUGAGGGCUCUUCAUUCUCUUAGAGGUUGGAGGACGACUAUGGACGCUCUGCUGCUGCAGGGACUUGUUAGUGCGGCGCAAACUAUAAAGGAGUCAUUUAGAUAUGAGAGAGGUUACCUUGAAGAUGGUUGCUCAAAUUAUUACCUUGAAGACAGAGAAGAACCUGCUGCAACACAAGAAAGAGAAGUGAGUCCUGCAUUUAUAGCAGCAACUUUGUGUAUUAUCGGUGGUGUUGAUAAUAGAGUACGAGUGGGUAUGCAAGUAUCAUCUGAUGGAAUUUUUGGAACAGUGAGAAGAAUGACUGAACGGUCAGGAAGUCUAGUCGUACAGUGUCAUGCCACUGGUGAACUUAAGAAGGUACCACUGCAAUCAGCAAGACCUGCCCUGGAGCAAAUAUUUCUUCAUCGUUUACCUGCUGACGAAAUAGCAUUAUCGGCUUGGACAAAAUUGCUGUUGCAACAACAAAAGUCUAAUUGGAGCAGACAUGGACAAGCUUACACACCAAGAGUCGGUACAAUAGAUGCCCACAAACUCCGUUCCCAGCAGCUACGUCUCUGUUCAAUAAACGCCUGCUGCUCCCUGCUGCAGCAUCAGCAGCUACUGCGAAGAGUUCUUCUACGUCAUGCAUCUGCUUCAGUUCAAGACACAGCUGCUGCUCCGAAUGAUACCGAAGACAUAUUUAUUGCCGAAGCAGGAGAGGAUAGAGUGAGUACAGCAGGUUUCGAUAUGGAAUUUAGUGCAGAACGAGAGGAGAGGUGCGACAGGUGUGAGUCUGCUGCUGCGGAGGCGGAACUGGACGAUGGGAGUGUGUCGGGUAGCGGAAGUGAAGACGGUAACAGUGAUGAUGAAUCUCAGCAAUCCCGCUCGCAGAACACGGAGCAGGAAUCAGUAGGCACACCACGCAGCGGUGGCGGUGGUUACAGUACCAAAAAACGCAGAAAGAAAGAAGAAGGUCGUCAAAUUUGCAAACAUACUCUGCUGCAAAGAAUGCUGGCUACUGCUGUUGCUUCCUCGCCCUUGAAAAACGAUUUUUCUUUGGAGCAGAUGAAACAGGCCGCUUUGGCAGUCUCGCAAAGACUUGCUUCAGAAUUGGCAACUCGGGGAGAGAAUAUUCCACCUGGACUUGACUGUUCUCAAUCUGGUACUGGAUCGAUGAGUACGAAUCAACGAUCACCAUUUACAGCUAAGAGAAAUCAGCAAGCAGUAAGCGCCGCCUCCGUCGCAGCAGCGUCGCUCAAUGGACGGCGCAGAAAUUCUCAACAGCAACAACGUAGGAGCAGCAGGGGCAGCAGAACGUCGCAGCAACACCAGGAACCAGCUGCAGCAGCAGCAGCAGCCAGCAAAGAGGAAAAAGAUAGGGAUGGCACGGAAAGGGAAAGAAACUUUGAAUUGGUGCAGAGGCUGAUCGAGAUGGGAUUCGAGAGGGAAAGGAUCGAUAUUGCUAUGAGUGCUUUGGAGAAAGAAUCCAAAUUAACAAUUGAUGACGUGCUGCAGUACAUUUUGGAUAAAAUUCCAGCCAACGAAGAUAGGGUUGUAGCUAUUGAGGAUCGGAGUCUUGCAAUCGAAAAUAGAGGUCCAGCCGUUCAAGAUAAUUUAUUUCAGUUUCUCGAUAGAUUUACAUCAAAUGAUAGUCAUCAAGGUGCAGGAAAGCCAGCAGAAGACAAUGAUCACGACGACGGUCAUGAUGAUAGCGAUCAGGAAGACACCAGUGUCAGUUCUGUGCAGAAUGGGGGUAAAACUGAAACCGGCGAAAGGGCUGUUUAUGCUUGGGGAGAUGGAGUUACGGAAAACUGGGUAAGAAAAUAA